UCCUCGGUUCAGCCAGUUUAUCUUCGCUGAUGAAUUCUGUUAUUUCUCUUCAUCCACCGUCCACUCGACUCGUCUUCGAAUUCCAGAAUCUUCCACGAUUCGACGCCCCGCAUAAAGCCGUUGUCUUAUCCUUUCUCUUUCACCCACUCGCACUCACAGUUGAGGUCUCCCUGCGCCGCUGCGCUACCACCGGCCCGCUAGCCUUGGAUUAGGGUUUGCGUCUUCUUGAUUCGUAGGCUUAUUCGAUCGUCCAUGGCGGCCUCGUCGGCGCAAAUCCAUGUCCUCGGCUCUUCUGGAGCCUUCCCUUCUCUUAAGUUGCCGUCCUCUUGCUUUGCCGCUUCCAAUUCCCUCUUCUUCGGCCUCUGCCGACCUAGUGGCGCUCGGAUUGUUUUUGGGCGCCGGAGCCAUGACUCCGGUUAUAGGCCCUUGCGGGUCGCGUGCGAGAAGGUUGUCGGGAUCGAUAUCGGCAGCACUAACUCCGCCGUUGCUGCCAUGAAAGGAGGGAUGCUGACGAUCGUGACCAAGGGACAGCGAACAACGCCCUCGGUGGUGGCCUACACGAAGAACGGCGAUCGGUUGGUCGGGCAAAUUGCCAAGCGGCAGGCCGUGGUCAACCCUGAGAAUACAUUCUUUUCGGUGAAGCGGUUCAUCGGACGGAAGAUGUUAGAAGUGGUCGAGGAGUUGAAGCAAGUCUCUUAUCGGGUUCUGAGAGACGAGAAUGGAAAUGUCAAGCUCAAUUGCCCUGCCAUCGGGAAACAGUUUGCUGCUGAAGAGAUCUCAGCUCAGGUUUUGAGAAAGCUUGUGGAUGAUGCUUCCAAGUUUUUGAAUGAUAAAGUUAUGAAAGCGGUGGUAACUGUUCCUGCUUACUUCAGCGAUUCUCAAAGGACAGCUACAAAGGAUGCUGGCCGUAUUGCUGGUUCAGAAGUCCUUCGUAUCAUUAAUGAGCCAACAGCCGCAUCAUUGGCAUAUGGGUUUGAAAAGAAAAAUAAUGAAACUAUUCUGGGAUUUGAUUUGGGAGGUGACACUUUCGAUGUUUCAGGUGUAAGAACUCAUGUUGCAGCAGUUGAACAACCCAUUACUGCAAAGGCUCAAAAGUUAGAAGCACCUGUUGUCAUUGUUACUGGAGCAUCCAGAGGUAUAGGAAAAGCAAUAGCCUUAAAACUGGGCAAAGCUGGUUGCAAGGUUCUUGUGAAUUAUGCAAGAUCGUCCAAGGAAGCUGAAGAAGUAUCCAAAGAAAUUGAGUUAUCUGGUGGUCAAGCAAUUACUUUUGGUGGUGAUGUUUCUAGGGAAGCUGAUGUGGAAUCUAUGAUAAAAACUGCAGUUAAUACAUGGGGAACAAUUGAUAUUUUAGUUAAUAAUGCAGGAAUUACACGAGACACAUUGUUGAUGCGAAUGAAAACAUCUCAAUGGCAGGAAGUCAUUGACCUUAAUCUUACUGGUGUUUUCCUUUGUACACAGGCAGCAGCCAAAAUAAUGUUGAAGAAGAAAAAGGGGAGAAUUAUUAACAUAGCAUCUGUCGUUGGCCUUGUGGGGAAUGCUGGCCAAGCUAAUUACAGCGCUGCAAAGGCUGGAGUUAUUGGUUUUACUAAAAGUGUUGCAAAGGAAUAUGCAAGCAGGAAUAUCAAUGUGAAUGCUGUUGCUCCUGGAUUCAUCGCAUCUGAUAUGACUGCUAAAUUAGGUGAAGACAUUGAGAAGAAAAUAUUGGGGACCAUUCCCUUAGGGAGAUACGGCCAACCAGAAGAAGUUGCUGGAUUGGUAGAGUUCUUGGCUCUAAAUCCUGCAUCAAGUUACAUUACUGGCCAGGUCUUUACCAUUGAUGGUGGAAUGGUAAUGUAAUACCACAAGCAGUUUUCAUGUUCGGCAUUUGGCAGUUCUGUCGCCUAGAGUUUGAACAAUGAUCCAGACAACGAGUCCUUUCCACCCUGCUUAGUUUCCGGCAAAUGUUAGUCUUAAAUGCUAAAAAAAAUUCACACUUCGUUUGUUCCCCCCCGGAUAGCUAUAAAAUUCACAGUAUUUAGCACAUAUGCCAAAAGGUUUCGAGGACGCGAGACGACAAAGUAAAGGGGAAUGUGAUACAAUGCAAAUACCACCACUUGAACUUGUAGCCAACUCACUUUGACCAAAUUGCAUUCCCAUCAUUGUUGGGCAUCACUAUUAUUAAGACGAUUUGCAAUUCAUGUGCAUUUAUUAACAUGAUUUGUGAGUCUUGUUUUAUUAGAUUUGAAUUAUAUAUACAGAGUAUCCUGAUAGCUUGUAUUCCUUAUGCUGUGCACUCA